CGGCGUGGUUGUAGGCUAUCUCCGCAUGGGCAAGAUGGAGAUCCCACCACUGGUCGUCACGAACAAUCUUUCGGAGAAUAUCCCCGAGAGUCCUGUUCGUGAUCUCGAUCUGACCAUCAGUCUGAGGAUGGUGAGACAAGGAGAAGCGGAGCUGAGUGUCGUACAACUUGUGGAGCCGUCGCCAGAAUUGCUUGGCGUAGAAGCCAUGUCUGCGCAAGCGGUCAAGGGCGUCGCGGAGGUGUCGGAGGUGCUCCUCAAGGGCACGACUGUAGACCAGGAUAUCGUCGAGGUAGACGAGAACGUACAGCUUCAGGAUGUCCCUGAAGAUGUUGUUCAUACCCCUCUGAAAGGUAGCGGAGACGAAGAGUUCCAUCGCUUUGCGAGCAAAGAGGACGGUUGCACCCCACGGGAAGUUGCUGGGCUUAAUGAAACCCAGUCUCAGGAGCUCCUCAAGCUGACGCUUGAGUUCGGUGGCCUCGGGGAUCGAGAGUCUGUAGGGUGCCUGGUGGUAAACACGAUAGUCAGGCAUAAGCUCAAUGGAGUGCUCGACGUCACGCAUCGGUGGGAUGCCGGCGUACGAGAACGACGAUGGAAAAACGUCGUGGUACUCUCGGAUGAGGUCACGAACUGUGGGCUCCAGGUCGGCCGUAUAGCGUGCGAGUUCCUCAACGUCAGCGUCAGUGAGCGACAGUGGGGUGGACUCGACGGACGGCGGAGGGGCGGAAGUAGAGAUGGCAGCCAUGGAGAUAGAAGGAGGAUCUGGCUCCAGAGGGAUGAGCUCGGCGUCGGGACAGGGUGGAUCAUAGUGUAAGAGAUCCGUCACGUUCACCAUAAAGAAGGCGACGUCGUCCUGUCAGAUGAAGUGGGCGAACUGCCGAGGCGAGGUGACAGUGAUAGAAGGAGGUGGUGUGGGCACGGAAGGCUCCGGGGGAGGAGGAUCGGGGCGUGGCGUCGCGGUGGUACCUAUGAAAGGUACGCGAUACGUCUGUCCACACUUCGUUUUGAGAACGAGAAUGUUGGUCGCCCAAUCGGCCUCGGUGCUGCGGAACCGACGAGACCACGGAGUGCCGAGAAUGAAGUCGUACCCCGUCU